UUUUGUUCCAUUUGAAACUUGAAACUUAAUAAUCCAAUCUGGUGAAAUUAUUCUUCACUUUAUAUCUUGCAUCAUGGAUAUUGAGUCAACAAACCAAGUAAACAAGAGUGGAAUUUUCUCUCGCUUGGGUGGAUUCUUCAAGAAUUUGCCUAUGAAUUUCAAGUCCAAGGUUAUGAAUGCAAAAGAUAGUGUAAAGAAGAUUGGAAAAGAUGACCCUAGAAGAGUAAUCCACUCAUUGAAAGUUGGAUUUGCUCUUACAGUGGUGUCAUUGUUUUACUACUCAAGGCCACUUUAUAAUGGCUUUGGAGUUGCUGGAAUGUGGGCAGUUCUUACUGUGGUAGUAGUAUUUGAAUUUACUGUAGGUGCAACCCUUAGCAAAAGUUUGAAUAGAGGAUGUGCUACAUUAUUAGCUGGUGCUUUAGGGGUUGGAGGGCAUCACUUAGCCACUGCUGUUGGAAAAAGAGGAGAAGCUAUUGUCCUUGGGACCCUUGUCUUCAUUCUUGCUGCAGGAGCUACUUUUUUAAGAUUUGUUCCAAAGAUUAAGGCAAGAUAUGACUAUGGGAUGGUGAUAUUUAUAUUGACAUUCUGUUUGGUUACUGUCUCGGGGUACAGAGUGGAGGAACUUCUUGAGCUUGCACAUCAAAGACUAACAACAAUUAUAAUAGGAGCAUCAACUUGCAUGGUCAUUUCCAUAUUUGUUUGUCCUGUUUGGGCAGGUGAAGACCUUCAUAAGUUGGUAGCUUCCAACAUAGAAAAACUAGCAAAUUAUCUAGAAGGAUUUGAAGGUGAAUACUUUCAUUCAUUAGAGGAUAAAGAAAAAUCUAAGUCACUUCUCCAAGGAUAUAAAAGUGUUCUCAAUUCCAAAGCAAGUGAAGAGUCUUUGGCAAAUUUUGCAAGGUGGGAACCAGGUCAUGGUGGUUUUAGCCUUCGUCAUCCUUGGAAGGAAUACUUGAAAAUCGGAGUACUUGCUCGCGAAUGUGGAUACAAGAUUGAAACCCUAAACACAUACCUUAACCCUGAAAUCCAAGCUUCUUUGGAAUUCAAGUGUAAAAUUCAAGAACCAUGCACAAAGAUGAGUUCUGAAUCCAACAAAGCAUUGAAGGUAAUAUCAUCAUCAAUGAAAACAAUGACACACCCAACAACAGCUAAAAGCCACAUAGAAAAUUCAAAAAUUGCAAUUGAAGAACUCAAAGUUGCACUAGAAGCCAUUUCCUUAGAGGAUGUGGAACUCCUAGCUAUAAUCCCAGUUGCCACAGUUGCUGCAAUACUUGAAGAAAUCACUAUCUCAGUGGAGAAAAUCUAUGAAUCUGUUUCUGAGCUUUCGAAUUUAGCACAUUUCAAGAGUGUAGAAUCUAAUGUCUCACCAGAGAAGCCACACCUACUUCAUAGAGGAAUCAUUAAACCUGUUGUCGAAGUUGAUAACGCGUCACAUGUUGAAAUCACAAUCCAAGAUUUAUGUACAAACCCGCCAGAAAAAACUCGAAAAGGCACCGCGGAAAUCCUUCAAACAUAACUAUAAAUUUAAAUAGUUGUCACUAUAAUGACACUGGGUAGUAAUUUGUCACGAAAUCCGGCUGCCUCAAGUCACAAUUUUCAUACAUCCACGUAGUUAGUAAUUAUGAGUCGUUAAGUCAAUAUUUAAAUGACCAUGAAUAUUUGCUGAUAUGUGUAAAUGCAUGAAAAUUGUGACCAUAGAGAAUCGAUAUUUCACUUAAUUACUUUAUUAUUACUUAGUUGAGUAAAUAGUCUCAAACUUCAUGUAAAAUUAAUUAAGGUGAGAAUCUUUUUCAUAUUCUAGCCUUAAUUUAAUUUCUUUUGAUGUGUGUUCUAUAGUGUAACAAGAGUUAUGCUAGCUGUCAUUUUAUAUGCUAUCAGCCACAUUUGGUGCUUCGAGUCUUUGUCACUUA